CGUCAACUUGACAUGCUCGAGGGCCGUAUAAGAGGAGCAUUCGUUGCUUUUUUGUGCCAAUCAUCCCUGCUUAUUUUCAGCCAUUCACGGGUCUAAUUUGUUUUCUUCCUUCCUUGCCUCGGAAAGCUGACAACGGGGCAACGACAUGGAGGCGACCUCACAGCAACAGCAGCAGCGGCACGAGCAGCCUUGCAUCGCCGGCCUGCGUUUCGAGCACUACUCCGUAGCCCACCAGCUCGGCACCCAGGCCGUCCGGCCCCGGCUGUCGUGGAAGUUUGCAAAUGUUCCCGCCGGGUUUGUCCAGCUUGGGUACGAGCUCGAGGUUUACGAUUCCACCACCAUUAUUACGGAUCCUGGACAAAAGAUUUUGCAUCGCGAGGUGGUCGAGUCGGACCAGAGCGUGCUGGUUCCCUGGCCGGCGAAGCUGCCGGACUUGGUGUCGAGGCAGGCCGUGUUUGCGCGGAGCCGGGCGGCCGAUGCAGAAGCCGCGCAAAACACCAUACGGACCCCGUGGAGCGAGCCCGCAAGCAUCGAGACGGGGCUGCUCGACCGCGGGGACUGGCAAGGCCAGCUCAUCUCCUCGCCGCCGUCGUGGGGGGACGAGUGCCAGUCGGCCGCUGAGACCCCGCGGGGCGAGGAGCUGUACCGCGCCGAGUUUGAUGUCGUCCAGCCAGCUACACCCGCCGCUGUAGAAGAAGCACAGCGACAGAUCCGAUCGGCACGGCUGUACAUCACGGCGCAGGGGGUGUACGAGGCCGAGAUUAAUGGCCGGCGGGUGGGGGACGAGUUCCUGGCGCCCGGGUGGACCGAGUACCGGAGCCGGCUACGGUAUCAGUGCUAUGAUGUCACGGGGUAUAUCCACGGGGGCAGCAGCAGCAACAGCGUUGGUGGUAGACCCAGGAAGAAUGUGAUUGGGGUCCGGGUCGCCGAGGGCUGGUUCUGCGGGCGGCUGAGCUGGCUGGACGACUCGAUCGCGAGGAACCACUUUGGCGAGCGGCCGGCGCUGCUUGCACAGCUCGAGGUUACGUUUGUGGACGGGGCGAGGCAGGUCGUUGUGAGCACGGACUCGUCGUGGAGGGUGACUAGGGGGCCGACGCUGCUGGCUGAACUGUACGAUGGCGAGAAGUACGAUGCGCGGCUCGAGAUUGAAGGGUGGUCGGGGGCCGAGAAACACGCGGCCGCAGCGCAGUGGGAGCCCGUGCCGGUUCGCGGGCCUCUGCCGGACACGGUGGCUCUUAUCACGGGCGAGGCGGCACCCGUGAGGCGCAUCGAGGUCGUCCGGCCGGUCCAGCGGAUCACGACGCUCAGCGGCAAGACGAUCCUCGACUUUGGGCAGAACCUCGUCGGGUACACGCGGAUCAAGAGGGUCAGGGCCCGUCGCGGCCACAAGAUCACGCUGUCCCACGCCGAGGUGCUCGAGAAGGGAGAGCUGGGGACGCGGCCGCUGCGCAAGGCGGCCAACCGUGACGAGUAUACGUGCAAGGGGAGCGACUCGUCCGCAGGUGAGGGCGAGACGUGGGAGCCGCGCUUCACGUUCCACGGGUAUCGAUAUGUCCAGGUGGAAGGCAACAACGACAACAACGACAACAAUGGCGACCUGCUGUCCUGCGUCGAGACCGUCGUGUGCCACACCGACAUGGCGCCCGCCGGCUCCUUCUCCUGCUCCGACGAGCUGCUCAACCGGCUCCACGCCAACGUGACGUGGAGCAUGCGUGGCAACUUCCUCAGCAUCCCGACCGACUGCCCCCAGCGCGACGAGCGGCUCGGCUGGACGGGCGACAUUGCCAUGUUUGCCCCGACGGCCACCCUGCUCUACAACUGCACCGACAUGCUGCGCGGCUGGCUGCGCGACCUGGCCGCCGAGCAGGCCAAGCACGCCGGCGUCCCGCCCCUCGUGGUGCCCAACGUGCUCACCCGCGAUCCCUUCUUUGGCCGCGUCACGCCCGUUGCGGUCUGGGGCGAUGUCGCCGUCCUGGCCCCUUGGGCGCUGUACCAGGCCAGUGGCGAUGUCGAGAUCCUGCGGGAGCAGUACCAGAGCAUGCUGGACUGGGUCGCUGCCAUUCCGAGGAACAAGACGGGCAACACGCACCUGUGGAAGUCCUCGCUCCUCCAGCUUGGGGACUGGCUCGACCCUUCGGCACCGCCCGACAACCCGGCCGGCGGCAAGACAGACGCGAUCCUCGUCGCCGAUGCCUUCCUCAUCCACACGCUCGACACGACCGCUGAGGUCGCCGCGCUCCUGCACCAGAACACCGACGCCGAGCGUCUGCGUCGCGAGGCCGCGUCUGCGCGCUCCCAGUUCGCGCACGAGUACCUCACCCCGGCGGGCCGGCUUGUGUCCGACUCGCAGACCGCGUACGCCCUGGCCAUCGUCUUCGGGCUGUUCCCCAGCCCAGCCCAGCGCCGGCACGCCUGUGACCGGCUGGUGUACCUCGUGCGGCGCAACGCGUUCAAGAUCGGCACCGGGUUCGCCGGCACCCCUUACAUCUGCGAGGCCCUGACGCUCGCGGGGCACCAAGGCGGCGGCGGCGAGGACGUCGCGUACGCGCUGCUGCGCAACGAAGAAUGCCCCUCGUGGCUGUACAGCGUCAAGAUGGGCGCCACGACCAUCUGGGAGCGCUACGACAGCAUGCUGGCCGACGGGAGCGUCAACCCGGGCGAGAUGACGAGCUUCAACCACUACGCACUGGGUGCUGUGGCUAGGUGGAUGUGGGAGCGUGCGGCGGGGCUCAAGGCGCUCGAGGCUGGGUGGAGGAGGAUCCAGGUUGCGCCCGUCGUGGGAGGAGGGUUGACGAGGGUGAAAGCGGUGCAUUAUACCCCUUAUGGGAAGGUGGGGAGUCAGUGGGUGCUGGAGGAGGGUGAAGAAGACGAAGAAGAAAGGUUGCGCAUGACAGUCACUGUGCCACCAAAUGCCACGGCCGAGGUGGUCUUUCCUGCCGGUUCUGAGACGGAGAAGCUGGUCGUGGGCUCAGGCGUCCAUGAGUUCAGUGUCGCUGUCAAGGUUCCUGCGUGGCCAGUGAAGCCCAUUGGAUUGUUCGGGUAG